AUAGGAAAAAGAAAGAUGAGAGAGAAAGAAGCAUUGGGGAAAGGAAGCCUAGAGAGGCAAGAGAUGAAAAGGGUAGGAGAAAGUGGGGAAGGGGGAGAAGAAAAGGAGGAAAAUUUGGGAGAAAAGUUGAGAGGAAGGAGGAGGAGAGGAGUAUUGAUUAGAAAAAGCACUGGUGGUGGCCCAACCACUCCAGUGUCCUCAUGGAGUUGGAGACCUUGUUGCCCUUUUGGCCUUGAUCCCAUCAUCAAUAAAGACUCCCACUUUACCAUUAAUACCAGCUCCUCCUCCUCCUACUCUGUCUCUGUUAGAAAGCUAGCUGCUGCUCUUUGGGAGUUUCAACACUUCCAAUUCCUUCCAAAGAUGCACAGAGGUCCUCACACUAAUGGCGGCGGCGGCGGCGGCGGUGCUCCACCUCCUAGGCUGAGACACCUUCAGCUCCAACACCACCACCUCAGCAGAGACAAGAAGGCUCUUGAUCUUUCUCAUUUUUUGGCUGAUAAUUCUCCCAGUUCUCCUGACCAGCCAGAAAGUGCAAGCAGUUUAAGAAGGCAUAUUGCAGCAUCGUUGAUGCAACAUCAUCGGACAAUUGAAAGGAACAAAUUGAACAAUCACAUUAUGCAGCCUGCAUCUCCUGCAAGCUACGGUAGUUCACUGGAGGUGGCUCCGUAUAACCCUGCAGUCACCCCUAGCAGUUCUUUAGACUUUAAGGGAAGGGUUGGCGAUUCACACUAUAAUCUUAAAACAUCUACAGAACUGCUAAAAGUUUUGAACCGGAUUUGGAGCUUGGAGGAACAACAUACAUCUAAUAUAGCAUUGAUAAAGGCGUUGAAAACAGAGUUAGAUCAUGCCCGUGUUAAGAUCAAAGAGUUGCUACGGGUUCGGCAAGCUGAUCGACAUGAGCUAGAUGAUUUGGUGAAACAAAUUUCAGAAGAUAAACUAGUUAGAAAGAGCAAAGAACAGGAUCGAAUCCAUGCUGCAGUUCAGUCCGUGAGGGAUGAGCUAGAAGAUGAGAGAAAGUUAAGAAAACGAUCAGAAAGUCUGCACAGGAAGUUGGCGAGGGAGCUUGCUGAGGUGAAAUCUUCUCUUGCUAAUUCUGUGAAAGAGCUUGAAAGAGAGAGAAAAUCGAGGAGGUUGUUAGAAGACCUGUGCGACGAGUUUGCUACGGGAAUAAAAGAAUAUGAACAAGAGGUGCAUUCUUUGAAACAGAAGACUGACAAGGAUUGGACGGGAAGAUCUGAUCAUGGUAGAUUGAUUCUCCAUGUAUCUGAAUCGUGGCUGGAUGAGCGGAUGCAGAUGCAGCUAGAUGAAGCCGAGUGUGGCGUUUCAGGAAAUAACUCAAUAGCGGAUAAGUUAAGCCUUGAAAUAGAGGCUUUCCUUAGAGCUAAACAUAUGAACUCUCCAAAGCAUACUGAAAAUCUGAUGACAAGAAAUCGUAGGAAUUCAAUGGAAUCUGUCCCUCUGAAUGAGGUUGUGAGUGCGCCUCAAGACGUGGGUGAAGAAGAAGAUGAUUCUUUUGGCAGUGAUUCAAAUUGUUUUGAGCUCAAUAAGCCUACCAACGGUGACUUCAAAUUGGUUGGUGAUGAAGCUGCCAAAAAUCAUAUUGAGAAAAAGGUGAAAUCAGACCCCUCAAAGAAAAAGCCGGUCUCUUCUGAAAGGGUAAGAAGUCGGAGUCCCUCCAGCUUGCAAGUGAAGUUUGAAGAACAGAUGGCUUGGGCCGUGUCUUGUAAUGGAAAUAAGAAGUCCCAGAUGGAGAAUCCAGAACAGGAGAAAAUCGAAGGGAAGCCGCCCGAAAUAAGCACAUCCCAAAAAUCUGAGCAUUGUGAAGCCACUGAAGAUAAUGCUUACAGAAAAGGAAAUAAACAAGAUGAAACCCAUGUUUCGAAUUCGAAUCACAUGGCUGAAAACCUUAUAAGAAGUCAACUACUGAUGCCGGAUGGUGGGGGGAUUGUACAUUCCGAAAACAAUUACAAUGAGGCUUCCUGCAGUAAUACUGGCUGGAGGAAUCAGGCAAGUCCAGUAAGACAGUGGAUGGCGAGACUAGCAUCUCCUUCUCGUGACAAGUCCGAGUCUUCUUCAAAGUUGCCUCCACGGACAAGAGAGAACACCUUGAAGGCAAAGCUUCUUGAAGCAAGGUCGAGGGGACAACGGACACGUCCAAAAGCUUCCAAAAACACGUCUAAAUCCUCUGAAAGGGUAAACUGAUCCUGCGUCACCCGCCGGUGGGAGUUUUCAUAACCCUUGUGAAUAUUGCCGCCACACAAUCUCGGGGUAUGAAAAUCUAUGCCUUCACUAGUCUGUUUCUCUCUCUCUCUCUGGUAGCUUUUGAAAAGAAUGUUUGUAAAUGAGUGUAAUGUUAAGAGUUGAAAGACCCAACAAUUUCGGGCCGCCUGACGUGCCAUGUUUGUAGGUUUGGAAAGAGUUAAGGAAAGUAGUCAUUUUCUAGUAA